AAUGGUGAGAACUUUUGCAUUCUGGAUGAGCAAAGGUUUGCCAAGGAGCUACUCCCCAAGUACUUCAAACAUAACAAUAUCUCCAGCUUCAUACGACAGCUUAACAUGUAUGGUUUCAGGAAGGUGAUUGCUCUGGAGAAUGGCAUGAUUGCAGCAGAGAAAAGUUCAGUCAUUGAGUUCCAGCACCCUUUCUUCAAGCAAGGGAAGGCACAUUUGCUGGAAAACAUCAAACGCAAGGUAUCUGCAGUAAGAACUGAGGAUCUCAAGGUCUGUACGGAGGAUUUGCACAAAGUACUCUCUGAAGUCCAGGAAAUGAGAGAGCAGCAGAACAACAUGGAUGUCAGGCUGGCUAACAUGAAGAGAGAAAAUAAGGCCCUGUGGAAAGAAGUGGCAGUUCUAAGGCAGAAGCACAGUCAACAACAGAAGCUGCUGUCUAAGAUUCUUCAAUUUAUACUAAGUCUGAUGCGAGGAAAUUAUAUUGUUGGGGUCAAAAGAAAAAGGUCUCUAACGGAUGCUGCAGGCGCUUCACCUUCCAAAUACAGUCGUCAGUAUGUUCGCAUACCUGUGGAGAGUGGCCAAGCAAUGGCUUUUUCUGAACAUAGUGCGGAUGAUGAGGAUGGAAAUGGUACAGGUCUCAUCAUUCGAGAUAUCACUGAUACCCUGGAAAAUGCCACUGAUGGUCUCCUUGCUGUGGCACACACAAGUGGCAGAGCCAGAGACACACCGGCAGGUCUGAAUCCUGACUUAUCUCUUUGUCAAGUAUCGCAGCCAAAUGAGUUAAAUUGUGCAGAACCUAUCCCACCAGUUCAUAUAAAUGAUAUCAACAAAUCCACUGAAGUAGGAAAUGUUGCCGUGGAACUCCAUACUGCACAACCUAAUGCUCCAGAAGACCCCGCGUCAGUAAUUGACUCCAUCUUGAACGAGAACAGCUCCGGAAACCAAAAUGAUCCUUUACUGGACAGAGAAGAAAUUCAGGAUUUUCUUAAUUGCAUUGAUGCCAGCCUGGAAGAGCUUCAAGCAAUGUUAUCUGGGAAGCAGUAUAACUUUGGUUCUGAAGCUUUCAGCGAUACACUUAAUCCUGAGCUGCCAGCCCUGGAUAUGAGCUUGAUGGAAACUUCCCCUGGUAUGGAAAACGUGGCAAACUUGGCAGAGAGCACUGAAGCUCUGGGAGCGAGUGAGAGAGAAACAGCAGGAAGCAAAGAUAUGCAACUGAUACAGUAUAGGGCCAAUCCUCUGCUUUCGUUAUUUGAAGAACUACCUUCAGGCGAAGCUGCAGGGAAGACAGAGGAUCCGAAAGACCUUCUACUGCCCGCCCUGGAGGAGAAACCUGCUCUUCAUCCUCCGUCAGGUAGUGGAACUGUCUUACCGCCAGCAGCUCCGGCAAGCCAGGCUGAGCCUCUGGAUGCUCUGGGACUGGGCGAUCCACCUCUCCUCCCAGAAGAUGGGAAUGGAGAGUAUAAACUGUUCCCGCUCUUGCUUCUCAGUCCUGUUGCUAACUUCAUAGAAGAGGCCUCUGAGAUAGAAACUUCUUGA